CUAUGGUGCCUCCUGUAUAGAAUGUACCAGGAAAUGCAAAGCUGGUGAUACUUGUGUCAAAUCUGAUGGAUGGUGUCCCGGGAAUUGCAUGGCUGGAUAUGGACCCGAGAGAGAAUGCAUAAGAUGCUCUAUUGGAAAAUGGGGAAUCAAUUGUGCUGAGGAGUGUACAAGACAUUGCAAGACACGGGAUGAAUGUAAAAGAGAAGAUGGUGUUUGCAGUGGUGAUUGUGAAGAAAAAUACUAUCCAAAAAACAGUUGUAACCAAGAGGCAAAUAUAAUUGAUGGUAAACCUACGUUCAGGAGUCGGGGUGCUGAUUACAUUGAGAUAGAAUGGAAUGUUGUACAUACCACGAGUACAACCAAACGUGA